AUGGUGAUGACUCAGUUAUAUUCAUGACUAUGAAUACAGCACAGACUUAUUUAAGAAUUAUAUGUGACCUACAUAUAAGUUAUCAUCCGUAUAUAUAGACAAAACUUCAAUUGUGUAAGUUGUAAUUCUUCUAUAAUUCAGGAAAUAAAACCGUAAUAACAGAUCUUUGAAUCAAGUCUGGAUGACCUUGCACUUUUGUUCCUGGGAGCAAGAAAGAUGGAGCAUCAGCAAUCUUGUUGAUCUCAAUCAGUCGUGUCUGAACAGUUGGAAACGUACUUGAUUGACUUGCCAUCAGCUGUUGUGAAAGCAGGAUAUGAUACAGCUCUAAGAGGCCGAAGGUAUGUAUUUGGGUCACAGUAUUUCCCACCCAUCCAGCAGUCUGUCAUAUGACACCGAACCCGUGAUGCACCGAGCCAGUGUUUUCCAGUACCGCUUUGGCUGAGCUAAACCUCUGAGGAAUGUGUUUGUGCAAGUCAGAUGUACUUUGCCUUGCCCCUUACUGAGAAGAAUAAUUGUCCAUUACGAAGAUGGUUGGGAAGUAUUAGGUGUGACUUCCAGCUCCAGGCAAACAGGUUUCCCAACAAACACGUCACCCAGGUUUCAGCUGAACUUUGUUUGAAUGUUGGAAUGGAGCUUGUGAAACAUUCAGGUGGAUGCCACUGUGGGGCUGUUAGAUUUGAAGUCUGGAGCUCUCCUGAUCUCCAUGUUUUUCAUUGCAAUUGCAGCAUUUGCAUAAAAAAGCAAAACCAUCAUUUCAUUGUUCCCAAAAAUCACUUUACACUAUUACAGGGGUUUGAUAAUCUGACGACAUACACUUUUAACACUCAUGUUGCCCAACACACCUUCUGUAAAACCUGUGGAGUUCAAAGUUUCUACACACCACGCUCCAACCCUGACGGAUAUGGUGUUGCUCCGCAUUGUCUGGAUCCAGGUACUGUGAGCAGUAUCACAGUUGAGAAGUUUGGUGGGGAGAAGUGGGAGGAAAGCAUGCAAGCUCACAAGAGCAUCAGAGACAUGUCUAAACCUGGAGAGACAUACAGCAAAAAUAACACCACAGGAAUAUAAGAAUCAAACUUUAUCAAUUAUCAAAAAUAGUGUUCAACAAUCUCAAAACUGCCAGUGCUGUUGUAUACUGUGUUAAGACUUAACAGAAUAAAGUUGUUUCUGUACUAAAAAGGCUUUGAUGUCACUAAAUAGAACUUUAAAUGUUGUGAGCUUUGGUCAUGGAAAGUGCACAUAAAGCUCUUCAGACUGGUAAAGAGAAUAAAGGACCAGAGAAGUCUGCUGAAUCCUUUCCAGUGUGUUGAGAAGACUGAACGUUCAAAAACAGGACAAGACAAACUUUUAGAAGAUCUUAAGAUCUUUUGGUCCCUGUGGAAUCACGUGGAACGUGUUCACAAACAUGUAUCGAGAGAAUGCGAUGUAGAGAUACCGAAACCACAAAAGUUGAGUGCGAUGACACAGCAUGGCAGCCUGAAAA